AUAAUGACAACUCUGGAGUGUGAAUUCGUGUAUUCUCGCGACGAUGAUUCUUGACGUCACGUCUACAUAAAACAACCGAACUCAGCGUUUUCUCUUUCGUUAACGGCAUUUUGUUAUCAGUUGGAGAAGCCAUCCGAGGAUCAAUAGUCAUGCCCCGUGUCUAUGUUGGAAAACUAAGUUAUCAUGCUCGAGAGAAAGACCUUCAGCGGUUUUUCAAUGGCUACGGAAAGCUCAUGGAAAUUGAUCUGAAAAAUGGAUAUGGCUUUGUAGAGUUUGAGGACAAUCGCGAUGCGGAUGACGCUGUGUAUGAACUGAAUGGCAAGGAGUUGUGCGGGGAGCGUGUGACCGUGGAACAUGCAAGAGGACCGCGGCGCGACCGAGAUGGAUACAGUGGUGGCGGGGGUGGUCGAAGUAGUAGUGGUUACAGCAGCAGCAGAAGCCGCACUGGCAGGGAUAAGUACGGGCCACCUGUCCGUACCGAGUACCGGCUGAUCGUUGAGAAUCUGUCCAGCCGCUGCAGCUGGCAGGAUCUGAAGGAUUUCAUGCGCCAGGCUGGAGAGGUCACGUACGCUGACGCCCACAAGGAGCGUACCAACGAGGGUGUCAUCGAGUUUGGCUCGCGUUCGGACAUGAGGAGGGCCCUGGACAAGCUGGACGGCACGGACAUCAACGGGAGGAAGAUCCGCCUGGUGGAGGAAAAGUCUCGCCGCCGCCGCUCCUACUCUGGCAGCCGCUCCAGGUCUCGCAGCAGACGUCGCUCUCGUAGCAGGAGCAGCCGCUCCAGGACUAACUCCAGGUCCCGAUCCCAUUCUCGCAGCAAGAGACGUCGCUCUAGAUCUGGAAGGAAGUCCCGUUCCCGCAAGUCUCGUUCCCGCUCUCGCACCCGCAAAUCCAGAUCCCGCUCCGACAAAAGCAAGUCCCGUUCCAAGAGCCAUUCCAAGGUGAAAUCUGAGCGGGACUCCAGCAGCCCCUCCAAGGAGAAGUUGGCCAGCAAGAAGUCCCGUAGCCGCUCGGCGACCCCCAUGGGGAAUGGGAAGGAGGAGCCGUCCUCUCGCUCCCCGUCCCCAGCAGCUGACCGUCGCUCCAAGUCUCCGGACAAGCGAUCUGUCUCCCGCUCCCCAUCUCGCUCCAGGUCUAGAUCAGCUUCCCGAGAUUAAAGGCAUUGCCCAGUUUGUUUCAUCCACAUGUUCCCCAUUAGAGCAAUCUGGAUGUAUAGGAGCAGCUUCUAUUUGAUUUAGCAGAUCUAUCGCAGUACCAGGUUAAUCAAGGCUUGCUCAGUUAAUCGGUGCUGUCUUUGGCACUUAGAAAUCUAAACCAUGAUCUUGACAUUGUAUUAUACAUGGCUUGAGAAUGAUUUAGUCAUUAUUGUGUGUGUGUGUGUGGGGGGGGGGGGGGGGGCACAUUGUAGAUUAUAGCUGCUAUGUUUUGUACAUGGAGGAGCUUGUCUGAAUGGCUUAGUAUUGAAAACAAGUCAUAACUUUUUUCUUUUAUUUCCUUAAUUAUUUGUAUUCCUCCCUCCGGUCUGCUUUUGCUUACCUCUGGGUGGUGUUUGACAUUAUUUUUCAUGAUUUGAGUAAUUUCACCUAUUGAGCCCAAGGUUUGUUUUUGACACCCCACAAUGUAUGUGUUGUACAUCUUGUGGACAUACACUUUUUUGGCAUCGAGAUUUAACCAGGGAUCGUGGUACAGAUUCCAGCCUCUCCCACAUGAGAAACCGGUCUGAUUACUUGUAACCAUGUCCAUUUUUUUUAUUGUACAUUUAAUAAAAGUUGUUAUGAAAA